AUGAUUCUAAAUAAUUUAUAUUGUACUAAAGAAUUAAUAAUAAUAUUUAUUAAAGCAGAAUAUUUAGCAUUAAAAUAUGAUAAUUAUUUUAUAAUGCCUAUUCAUUUAUUAUUAAGUUUAUUAUUAACAGAUAAUUUAUGUGCAAAAUUUUUUAAAAUAAAUAAAAAAUUAAUAACUAAUAAAUUAAUUUUAUUUUUAUUAAAUAAAUAUAAAUAUAAUAAAAAUAUAAUUAAUAUAAUAUUUUCACAUAAAAUUAUUAAUAUAUUAAAAAAAUUAAAUAAUUUUAAUUUUAAAAUAAAUUCUUUUAAUUUAUUAUUAUUAUUAUUAAAUGAAAAUGAUAAAGAUAUUAAAUAUUUAUUUAAAUAUUUAAAUUUAAAUUUUUCUUAUUUAAAUUUUUAUACAUCUACAACUAUAUUUUCAAAUAAUAUAAGAAAAAAAUUAGAAGAAUUUUCAACAAAUAUAUAUAAUAUAAAUUUUAUAUAUAAUUAUAAUAUUAAUUUUAAUCAAUAUCAAUAUUCUAAAUUAUUACAAAUUUUAAAUUUAAAAAUAAAAAAACAUAUUAUAAUAGAAGGAGUAGAAGAAAAUAUAUUUUCAUUAUUACAAAUAUUAAUAAAAAAUAUAAAAAAUAAAAUAGUACCUAUAUAUUUACAUCAUACAGAAAUAUGGGUAUUAAAUGAAUUAUUAAAUUAUGAUAUACAUACAAUAAUAUUAAAAAUAUUAAAUAUAUCAAAAUAUUUUAUUAAUAAUCAUAAAUUAAUUUUAAUUAUUAAAAAUAUUGAAAUAUUUAAUUUAACAGAUACUAAUAAUAACACGGAUAAUUUAGAUAAAUUACAUUAUUUAUAUUUAUUAUUAUCUAAAAUAUAUAAUUAUAAUAUACAUAUAUUUAUAAUUACAACUAAAGAUAAAUAUAAAUUAUAUUUUAAAUCUAAUAAUAAUUUAAAAGAUUAUUUUUUUAACAAAAUUCAAAUAAAAAAUUUAUCUUUUUUACAAAUAUUUUUAAUUUUAAAAUAUAAUAUAUAUAAAUAUAUAAAUUAUUAUAAAAUACAUAUAAAUAAUUAUAUUUUAUAUGAAUUAAUAAAUUUAAGUAAAAAAUAUAUUAAAAAUAUAAAUUCUCCUAUAAUACCAUUUAUUUUAUUAGAAAAUUUAUGUUCUAAAAAAUAUUUAUUAAAAAAUAAAAUACAAUAUUCUAAUUUUAAUUAUUUAUUAACUGAUAAUAUAUAUAUACAAAAUAAAAAAAAUUUUAUUUUAACAUAUGAAGAUAUAAAAAAUACAAUUUCAGAAUAUUUAAAUAUAUCUAAAACUAUAUUAUUUAAAAAUAAUAAAAUCACAAAAUAUAAUAUAAAACAAUUAGAAUAUUAUUUAUAUAAAAAUAUACAUGGUCAAAAUCAUAUAUUUAAUAAAAUUUUACCUUCAAUUAAACAAAAUAUAAUAGGAUUAAAGACUAAAAAUAAACCUAUUGGUAGUUGGAUUUUAUGUGGUCCUAGUGGUACUGGUAAAACUGAAUUUGCUAAAAUAUUAGCAAAAUAUUUAUUUGGUUCUGAAAAAGAAUUAAUUAGAUUCGAUAUGAGUGAGUAUAUGGAGAAACAUUCCAUAUCUAGAUUAAUAGGUUCACCUCCAGGUUAUAUAGGAUACUCAGAAGGAGGUCAACUAACAGAACAGGUUUAUAAUAAUCCAAAUUCUAUAAUAUUAUUUGAUGAAAUUGAAAAAGCUCAUCCUGAUAUAUACAAUAUAAUGUUACAAAUACUAGAUGAAGGUAGAUUAACUGAUACAACAGGUAAAUUAAUUGAUUUCACUAAUACAAUUAUUUUAUUAACAAGUAAUUUAGGUUGUCCUAAAAAUUAUGAUUCAUAUUUAAAAAAUAAAUAUUAUUUAUCUGAUACAGAUUUAAAAGAAAUACAUAAAAAUAUUAAAUUAAGCAUAAAUAAUUAUUUUAAACCAGAAUUAUUAAAUAGAUUAACAAAUAUAUUAAUAUUUAAUCCUUUAAAUAUUAAUUCAUUAUUAUUAAUAUUUAAUAAAUUUAUGAGUGAAUUAAAAAUUAAAUUAUAUUCAAAUAAAUUAAAUAUUACAAUUUAUAUUAAAAAUGAAUUAAAAUAUUUUUUAAUUAAAUUAACUUAUAAUCCUUUAUAUGGAGCUCGUCCAUUAAAAAGAAUAUUAGAAUUAAUUUUAAAUAAAUCAAUAAGUGAUUUAUUAUUAACUUAUGAUAAACAUUAUUUUAUAAAAAAUAAAUAUAUUUUAUAUUAUUUUUUAAAUAAAUGUUACAAUUUAAAUUUUAAUAUAUUUUCAUUGUAA